CAGUGCGCGUGCGCGGAGGCGGUGGGGCCGCCAAGAUGGCGGAGGCGGCGGAGGGGGGGGGCGGCGACAGCGACCUGGCGCUGGCGCUGCAGCUGCAGGAGCUGUGGGAAGCCGAGGACGGGGAGGCGGUGGCGGCCCGUGCCGAGCCCCCGGCCGUCCCCGAGCCGCUCCGGCCGCUGUCGGUGGUGGACGAGGCGUGGGAGCUGCUGGACCCCAGCCCCGACGUGCGCGGCCUGUUCGUGCAGCUCAACGAGGCGCUCUUCUGGGGGCGCCUGGCCGCCGUGGAGGUGGCGUGGAGCCCCCGCAUGACGCUCUGUGCUGGAGUGUGUAGAUAUGAAGGAAAAGGUGGAAUGUGUUCUAUUCGUUUAAGUGAGCCGCUCCUUAAGUUAAGACCGAGGAAGGAUCUUGUUGAGACACUGUUACAUGAAAUGAUUCAUGCGCUGCUCUUUGUCACUAAUAAUGACAGAGAUCGUGAAUCUCAUGGGCCAGAGUUCUGCAAACACAUGCGUCGCAUUAAUCGCUUGACUGGAGCCAAUGUCACAAUCUAUCACAAUUUUCAUGAUGAGGUAGAUUUGUACCGCCAGCACUGGUGGCGAUGCAAUGGCCCCUGUCAAAAUAGAAAACCUUAUUUUGGGUAUGUGAAACGUUCGAUGAAUAGAGCACCCUCUGCACGAGACUUCUGGUGGGCUGAGCAUCAAGAGAAGUGUGGAGGUACAUUCAUAAAAGUGAAGGAGCCAGAGAACUUCUCUAAGAAAUCCAAGGAAAAAAAUGAGCCAGCAGAACUUCCAAAUUCCAAGUCAACUAACAAAGACAAGAAACACGUGGAUGCUAAGAAAGAUCUGAUUCCUUUUAGUGGAAAUGGCUAUCGGCUUGGAGGAAGAGAUGGUGGACUCUCAGAAAAAAACAUAAAUUUCAUCAGCAGCAUUAAAAACAGUGAAAAAUCUGAUUGGCAGCAUCGAUCAGCAGGAAGCACAAUACCAAUCCCUAAAAACGAGAUAAAAUUUGAAAAAUCACCCCGUAAUGGUAUCUCUUUUCCGUUCUAUACUGAUGAUACCAGUAAGAAGGUGAACUUGGCUUCGAAGCGUGAUUUCCCUAAACUCUCUGUUGCUGAUACAAAAGCGUACAAGAAUGUUGACGGAUCACCUGUUAAAAUUUCUCGUGCCACGGAAGAACAAUCAAAGCAAGGCUCUGCAAAAGGCAAGAGGGCUUUACCAUGCUAUAAUAACAGGCCACCAAAACAAACUUGUUUUGAGCAGGCAACAACGGGUCAGGUAGCAUCUGAGAAGAAAGGUUUAGAAAAUAGAGUGCAGCAAUGGCCAAAAAAGGAAGACAAAACUGCCUUUGAAAACUAUUUCAUAAAAAAAGAGAGUACUGAUACUACUUUAAGUAUAAAUACACCCGUGAAAACCAAAGCUGAAUCUACAGUGUCCUCCUCUGCAAGUUCCAGUGCUACUGAAUGGAAGGAAAAAAAAGUCAGUUGUCCUGUUUGCCAGGCUGAGGUUUUGGAGCCGAAAAUAAAUGAACACCUUGAUUCUUGUCUUGUAUAAAGCCUCUCGGAGGGCUGCCUUGAAAAAAAUAAACCAAGGCUGAAAACACUGCUUGAAAAUUAGUUUGCUCAGGGUUUGCUUAGCUGUAGUUGUUUCUGUGUGCCUGUCCUGAACUGCAAUUUAAACUACUGUCAGCAUGCUGAAGAGUAAGUUCUGUGGAGCUGCACAUCAGCACUGACUGGAAAACUAGCUGCUAGUUGUGUUACAAAGACUCUAAUGCUCAUGUUUUAGUAGGUGGAUGCUUGUGCUAACGUUCUUAUUGCACAGCCUGGGUAUUGCAAGAGAAGGUGGAUACUUGCUGAACUGCAAGUUUUCAAGGCAGUUUUAAAAAUGAAGACACUUUAAGUCCUGCUAAUUUAUCUUUGUUCCUAGGACCAUUUUUUAUAUAUUUUUGGCUGUUCUUAAAGUUAACUACUUGUAAUAGAUAAACAUUGUCUACUGUAACGUAGUUAAACACCAGAUAGUUUUAGAACAGCAAGUAUUUUGCUUAAGCCACCAUUACACUCUCAGGUGGUCCUUCUAACCUCUGACCUUUUAGAGAAGAUAGAUGUGAAUGAGAAACUCACGGGAAAUCCAGAGGGGCAAUAAGGAUGCUAAGAAAUCAAACACAGAAUACUUGGUAGAUUAGGAGGAGGCUCUAGGCUAUGAGAGCUCAUUAAAAAUAAAUAAAUAACGGGGCUUUGUUUCCAAGAGGAUUUGAAAGCUAGCUAUUCUGUUAAAAGUUGCAGUGGUCAAAUGCAAGCUAAUAAACUUCGGUCUUCUGUGUGUCUUUUGGUCAAGGAUCCCAGCUAGGUUCUCCAUCCACUCUUUUUUCUGAUGUUUUGCACAAACUUGUUGAUAGCUCACUACUUCUCAGCAUACAGGUAUUAUGUACGUGAACUGCCCCACGUGGGCUGGCUCUGGUAAGUGAAAGUGAGGAAUAUUGGUAGCAAGACUGGUAAAGACUGUUUCUGGCCAUGUCAUAACAGGCUUCACAAUUUUUCAGUUUUCAGUUAAGCUUCCAGUGCUUUACAGACCAAAAUGGCAUUGAAUUGACUUUAGCUGACAGUCUUUGUUUUGCUACUUCAGUAAGUCAGCCAGUUUGGUGUUUAGUAUUCACCAGGCCAGGCAGUUGAAUACUAAAGCCAUUGUGCUGUAAAUUGUGACUGCUGAGCAGAUGUGUAUUCUAUAUAAACCUUCUGAAAUGUUUAUCGUUCCUUUUGCUGCUGAAAGUACUUAACUGGUUAAACAAUUAACAGUUUGAUUCCUUACUUGUAAAACUGGUUAUAAUUAGUAUUGUUAGAAAAGGAAAAAAAAAAAUGCUGUUUCAUAUAAUACCAAUGCUACAACUUUAAAUGGCUAUAUUAGCCUUAGAUACACAUAUUUUAUCUUUAUAUAUAAUACUUGUAGUUCUUUUUUGAGACAAAUAAACUGAUGUGCAAUAGAAUUUGGUAAAUUAUCUUUACUCCUUGAAAUGGUGUAUUUUAAAGUUUUGACGCUACAGAUGUUUAAUAUGAAUCAGUUUGUUCUUCUUGCAUUUCCUGAAUAAAUUGUUAAUUUUUACAUUUUCAUUAAUCCUGGUUUUCACAUGACAGUCAUGGCCAUCUUACAUUACUCAUCAGUGCUUUCAAUUGCUUAUCCAGUAGCUCGUCUGGUUUAAUAGAUCCUUUCUAUAUCAACAUUUUCCCUUUUUAUAUUUCCCUUUAUAUUCACCAAUAUCCAUUUUUAAAUUGUAUUGACCUCUGCCAUCUCCACUGUAUGUAUAGACCGGUUUAACUUCUGUUGCAUUUCAUUGGAAAACGCUGAUUUUUACACAAACUAAUGUUUUCUGCUUCUAAAACUUGAUUUGGCGUGUUCAUUUUCCAUACAUCCUUCUUAAAACCACAGUGUCUAUUAGUAUUUCCAGUGAAACGUGACAUUACAAGGACAGCAUUAUUACUCGGAAGUAUUUGGACAGCAAGGUGUGGGGUUUUUUUGGUGGUGAUGUUUUUUUCUUUUUUUCACGACAAGGGUGGUUACUACAAGUCUCUCACAUGAAUGUUUUUUUGAGAGAUGUUUCUUCUCUAUCAGGAAACUGAUGAGAAACAAUAGUUUGUCUUCCAACUGCAACUGGUGAGAGUAAAGGAGAGGAGCGGAUUAUGGGUGCUGGCAAAUGUAUUAGUCAUACUGGAAUGGAAUUUUUUUUAAAUGGUCGUCUUUUACAUCAACAACGUUUAUUUGAACAGCAAAUAGAAAAACAAAUGUGGGAAUUGAUCUGUAGUAUUCCAGUGAAUAAUAUAGCCUAUGAAGCGGAAAAAUAGUAUUAACUAUUAACAUUGGAAAGUCCCAUUCAAAUAUAAAAUGUCCUAAAGAUGCAGUAAAAUAUCUUUU